AUUAAAACCAGUUCCACAUCUCAUUGGGACAGUCUCACACACACUCUCUGGACCAUGGCCUCCCCCACCUCGGGUGACGUCCUGCCCACCGGCAGCAGGAUCUUCACCUCCGUCCCCGACGUCUUCUUCAUCCCCGAGUUUGUGAUCGGGGGUUUGGUGUGGAUCCUGGUGGCGUCCACUCGCAUCGAACCGGACAACCCUCUGGGCUGGGUGAUGUUCGUGUCCGUCUUCUGCUUCGUGGUGACGACGCUCUGGUUCUUCAUCUUCCUCUGCGGAGCCAAUCAGGGCAGCGUCUGGCCCUCCCUGGAUGUUGGAUAUCACUUCGUGGCGGUGGUUUUCUACCUCAGUGCGUCGGUGGCUCUGGCGUACAUCACCAUUCAGGUCAGGCCGACUGGUCCAGUCCAAUUUGAAGUCCUCAAAAACUACCGACUGGAGAUUUCUGCAGUGGUGAUGUCUUACGUGGCCACUCUUCUCUACUUCCUCCAUGCCAUCUUCUCCGCCAUUCGAUGGAAGAGUUCCUAAAGAACAUAAACCAAGAAGAAGAAGAAGAAGAAUAAAGAUGGCGACCAGCUGACCCGGACACACUGUGACCUUUUGUGUUCAUUCUCUUCUUCGUGGUCAGCAGGACGGACUUGAAUGAGUGUUGAUGGAUGUUUGGUCUGGUUAGCGAGGAAGGCCUGAACAUUAUCACCCCACAAUGCACUCUGUUUUUAAUCAGAAAGGCAGUUUGGUAACAAGAGCCUGUUCAAGUUCAAAUUUAAGAAAUAAAAAAUGAAUUUAUAUUAUAUUAGCACAAUGAGUGUAAAUAACUGCUUCAAGAUAAAGGUCCUACAUUAUGAUUUACAUCCAUUACAUCCAGUUCAUCUUUUUACCAAAGAAGAGAUUCACAGCUUCUUUUAAUUAUAAUCACAGUAACAAGAACAAGGUGUGUUUUUAAAUCUGUUUUUAAAUCAACUCCAUUGUGAAGAAAUCAGGAGAGAAAAGUUAUUGUUAUCGGCCUUUUAAUUCAAGUGAAGCCUGUAUUGAUAACUUCAUUGGCUCCAGCUGAUCAAACUACACACUAAAGGGGCACUUUAGUUAUUUAUUACAACUUUUAUAUAACGACGGACGACUUGUGGGAAACAGAUUUAAAAAAUAAAAGUCAAAAUUGAAGUAUUGAAAUAUUCAGACUUGAUGUCUUGGAGUCAAGCUUCAAAAGUAAUACUGGGGACUUCACUUCUCAUAAUGCAACUGGACACCCUAUCUGGCAAAGUCCACGCCCCCAGUUUGUAAAGAGUCCUUUCUAAAUAACCUCGAGUGACAUCAUAGUCGCUUCAUGAUCUAAGUUUCGAUCGACGGUCUAAACUUUAGACCGUCGAUCGAAACUUAGAUCAUGAAGCG